AUGGGUAAUCCAUUAUCCCCUGCCUUAGCGGAUCUAGUUAUGGAAACAUUACUAGAUGACGUGUUGAAGACGAUCAAUAUACCUAUCCCCUUUUUAAAGAAAUAUGUGGAUGAUUUGAUCACCGCUCUCCCAGCUAAUGAAAUUGAUCAUGUGAAGAGUGCGCUGAAUGCCUAUAAUCCACAUAUCCAGUUUACAUGUGAGAUUGAGAGCAACAACCGUUUGCCUUAUUUGGACAUGGUUCUGAUAAGAACGGACGAGCAGAGGAUUCUCACCGACUGGUACAAAAAGCCGGUAGCAUCUGGCCGAAUUUUAAAUUUUCUCUCUCUCCAUCCGCUCACGCAAAAGCUUAAUACAGCCAUGGGGUUCAUUGCAAGGGUAUUUCGACUAUCAACGUACAAAACAGAAAACCAGAAAAAGCUAACGGUACGAGAAUACUUGCGCAAUAACAAUUAUCCCAGCACCCUGGUAAAUCGACUGAUCAAUCGAUUUGUCAACCAAAAUCCCAGCACAGUAAAUGAUCGCCCUCCCGAGAGCGAACAAAAGGUAUAUCGAUCGCUCCACCACGUAGAUGUUCUCACACCCGCCCUUGCCAGGAUCGUUCAGAGGAAUCACAAAAAUGUAAGGUUAGGUUUCAAAUGUACAAAAACCAAUGCAAUUUUGUUUUCCAAGCUGAAAGAUCCCACGCCUCUUCUUUCAAAACGCAAUAUAAUCUACCGUAUACCCUGCACAGAAUGUGACAGUUCCUACAUAGGUUUAACUACACAACAACUCAAACAGCGCCUGUCUGGCCACCGAUCGCUCAUAAAACGGUACAAUGAAUUCAAAUCGUCAAGCAGCGAGCGAGAGACAAGCAAUGUAGACGAGUUUAAAAAGACAGCGCUAAUGGUUCAUGCCAUUGAUAAUGGGCACAGCUUUGAUCUAUCAAAAACAACAAUUUUAGACCAUGACAACCGAUUACAAGCUUUACAGAUUUUGGAAAUGUGCCACAUUUUUAGUGAUGUUUCAACAAUUAAUUUCAGAACCGACACUAAUAAUUUGAAUGCAGCAUACUCUGGGGUGCUACACUCUCUCUCUCAUUAA